UUCUCGUCACAUUGUCCUACGAUAGUUUAAUUAUAGCUACACGGCUGGUACAGACCUAGGCUCUCCCAAAAUAAUGAUUGGAUCAGCGUGGCAUCCCUCCUCGUCCACUGCUCUCGCGCUCUCCCUCUCUCUCACUCCCUCUCUCUCUUUCUCUCUCUAUCUAUCUUUCACUCGACUUGUCUCUCUGUCCCUGUCUUGCUCUCUGUCUUAUUUUCUUGCCGUUUCUUUUCCCUCGGGACACUUGUGUUGCAGUUUGCAGUGACUCCGGGAGUACACCUGAGUAUAUACCUGUGAACAGCUGUCGUUUCGAAGUUCAACCAAAGCACACCGAACCUCUAUCCAUGCACGUUUAUCAUCGCGUUCGAUUUCUCCAAAUCGGUGUUAAUCGAAAAGUUACGCCUAACUCGUUCCGCGUAAAUCGUCGCUACAUAUUGCGACACAAACACCUAUUCCAAGAAGAUGUUUGAUACACCGUUCAGAAUGCACACCUUCACCGAAUGAACCGGUUUUUAGAUGGCUUCUGUUCAGUGUACUAACCACUAAGAGGUAUGGAACAGUUCUCUGAUAUGAGUGAUGGCAAUAUAAAUAUUAGUGAUGUCAUUGAGGUCAUCCGAACGGAUCCUGAAUUUGUGGAGUCUACGAGAACUCCAACACCGGUGGAAAUGAACACCGGACGAAUAUUGCCUUAUGUUGAGAUAACAGAGCAGCCAGCUAGCAAAGCUUUGCGCUUUCGCUAUGAGUGUGAGGGCAGAUCUGCUGGUAGUAUACCUGGUGUAAACAGUACACCAGAAAAUAAAAUAUUUCCUAGUAUAAGAAUAGUGGGAUACAAAGGCCGAGCCUUAGUUGUAGUAUCAUGUGUAACAAAAGAUCCACCGCACAGACCUCAUCCUCAUAAUCUUGUUGGAAAGGAGGCAUGCAAGAGAGGUGUUUGUACAGUAGAAGUAUCUUCUGAGAACAUGACAGUUACAUUUGCGAAUCUUGGUAUUCAGUGUGUUAAGAAAAAAGAUAUAGAAGAUGCACUUAGAAUAAGAGAAGAAAUUCGCGUAGAUCCUUUUCGAACUGGCUUCGAACAUAAAAGACAACCUACUAGCAUCGAUCUUAAUGCAGUGAGAUUAUGUUUUCAAGUUUUCCUAGAAGGAUCUCAGAAAGGAAAAUUUAAUGUCGCAUUACCGGCCGUUGUAUCAGAUCCUAUAUUUGAUAAGAAGGCAAUGUCGGAUCUCGUUAUAUCUAAGCUCAGUCAUUGUAGUGCUUCGGUUGCGGGUGGUAUGGAAAUGAUUUUGCUGUGUGAAAAGGUUGCAAAAGAAGAUAUACAAGUAAGAUUUUUCGAAGAAAAGGAUGGACAAGUGGUGUGGGAAGGACUUGGAGAUUUUCAGCCUACUCAUGUACAUAAACAAACUGCAAUAGCAUUUAGAACACCGACUUAUCGGUUACAACAAGUGGAUCAACCGGUUCAAGUGUACAUUCAGCUUAAGAGACCGUCCGAUGGUGCAACUAGCGAACCAUUACCAUUUCAGAUGUUACCACUUGGUGCAGGUAGGCCUGCAUUCUGGUCUUUGCGGAAAGCAUUUGCCCGGAAGAAAACAGAUUAUAGUACAUUUGGUAAAAUCUUAGCCACCGAGUCUGCCUUAUUCUCAAACGCUGCGCCCAGAUAUCCGCGUAAUCUUGACGAAUUUAAUAAUAACGAUUUCGACAUUAAAAAAUCCACUAAUAAAAUCUCUGCCUUACGCGCCUUGAACGAUCUAUACAACGUAAAGAAUACAUUAGACUCUUGUAACGGAAGUGCUAUGGUUAAUCGGACUAUCGCACAAAGUACGAACCCCUUAAAAACUACUAUAAUAGAUUACCAGAAUAACGAGGUGCAAAAUAACACUGAAAACGAACAAACAAAUAAGAUCUAUCCAAUCAAUAACAAUCGUAUGGACAAAGAAACGGUCGAUACCAAUUCAGGAACAUUGACUUACGCCAAGUCCGACACUGUCGUUGACAAUACGGAUAUAUUGAAGAGCUUAGAGUCUCCGAAAAAUAAAUCAGACUGGUUCGAUUACUCGGAAGUAGGCAAAUGGGUACAGAAAGGCCAAACGUGUCUCAAAGAGAAGGAUCAAGAAGUUGAUUUUAAGACCGAAACGGAAGAUUGCAAUAAGUCCUUCAAUGAACUAUUGACCCAAGUGGCUGAGCUCGAUCAGAUUUAUGCUGACACGCAUGCGAAGUUGGUGCAGGCAGCCCUUGAUCAGAAUACCGCUGAUCAAUCCAUGGAUAUAGACGUUUGCGAUAAUCAAACGUAUACUAGUCUGCAGAUGGCCAUGAAGAAUCCUAUAGAAUUCAUGGAUCUUCUGAACGAUAGGAAGUACGAAGAUGUGGCAGUACCAAAAGUAAAUCUGAAUCAUUCGUCUCCCUCUCCCCCGGUGACCACAAAGAGGGAUGGAACGCGUGAAACCGAGGAGAGACUACCACCUUUGCCUCCGAAACGUAUCCGAAAAAUGCCUUCUAUGCCUCUUCUGCCUCGCCCUAUAUCCUCCCAUGCGAUACCUGAAUCAUUCAUUGAAGCGCCCAACAAGAAUUUACCUUCUCUACCCGGAACACUCACCAAGUCCUCGAAACAAGGACUCUUCUCAAAAUUAUUUGCCAAGAAAAUCAAGAAAGACAAAGACACUGUUUCGAAUGCCUCCAAAGACAGUAAUCCUUCUCUAAGCACUUCAGGAAGCAUCACAUAUUUAUCAAAACAUAAUUUACCAGAUGCCGCGCAAUUGCAGUGUCCAAGACCAAGUGCAAUAAGCACCACAAGCGUCAAAUCACUUAGAUUGGAUGGUGAUGAAACACCACCGUAUGGAAUGGAAUUAACAGAGGCUGAACACUAUGCGUUGUAUACAGCUAUGGCUCCACAUGCAACUGCAUCAGAGUUCGAUGAAAUGUCUUUCUAUUACAGUCCCGUGGAGGGAGGGAAGAUCUACUCAGAAAAGAAAGAAACAUAAUUUGUUGGUUUUGAUAGUCUACUACGUUUGAUAGAGUACUUCCACUCGAGAGUGAUACUUUUCUAUCCCCAAAGCAAUAUCGCAUAAAUACGCUCGUAUAAAAGAUAUUUUGAAGUAUACAAGUAUAUUGUGAUUCGUCUGGGCUGUUGUAUUUUACGAUUGUACGUUUUUACAAGUUGAAUUUUCGUAGCCUCGACACGCUCGCGAGCCUGCGAUGCAUUUGUACAUUUGAAAACAGUUUUCUAACGAAUUUCAAAGAAACACGCAAGCGAGACGAAUACUACUAACGCUUUUCUAGUCCCGGUACAAAUUGUUAUUCUGUUUCCAUAGUCUUUCAUGCGGACCUAAAAUUAUAGCUGAAGUGUACGUUCAGCGAAAACUUGUUGUUUAUUGCCGAAGGAUUAUAUCUAGUCCUUUCUAGUCAGACUAUACAGUGUUUAUACUCAUA